CGUUCCUGCUCAAAUUUCACUUUUCCAAAAUGGUUCGCGUUCGAAAGGACAAGGCGGGCCCAUCUAAGGGUCAUAGCAAGACGUCUACCAAGCAAGACUCUACCGCCAAAAAGGACAAACACAACGUCCUACAACAGCAAAUUUCUGCCCUGGGUGGAACAGCGGACGAUUAUGAUUUGGUGAAGAAUGUGGGACCUGUAUCCGUGACGGGGUCGGUCCCAGUAGACCCAAAGCUAGCAAAGGAUGUUUCUUCCUUCCUCCAGGACUUGAAAACUGGAGUGAAGACUAGCGGCAAAGUCAAAUCUACGGAACGUCAAAAGAAAGAAGAAAAACCCACUCAAAAGUCGAAGAAAAAGAAGAGUGUCGGUACCGAAAAGAAGGUUCCUCCAGUGGAGAAUCAUGCACCUCCUCAGGCUGAAGUUUCUGAAAUAUCCCAACUGCCGAAAAAGAUCACCUUCAGUUCGAAAAGCGCGUUUAUUAUCCAGCCUGCUCCUCAGUGGUAUUCUCUGGACCUCCCGGCAAUACCAGCAACGUCUUCACUUCCUUCUUCUGCUGAUAUUGGGUCUCAAACGUCCCACGCCGCAUCAUUGCAUUCUCGCGACAUCGAAACUUUCAAAUCCUCAUCAUCCUCUCAGACUUCGGAAGCGAGCUUCCUGUCCAAGAUCAUACAAUCCGGUACACUAUCUGAUCGUUUAAGUGCCUUGACGCUACUUGUUCAGAGUGGACCGAUACAUAAUGUCAAGGCAUUGGAGACGCUGAAGAGCAUGGCGGAACGCGGUAAAGGCAAAGGCGGAAGAGAAGAGAGCUUGAAGGCAUUGCGAUGCAUCGUUGACUGGUGGGUUGGUGGUGGUGCACCAAACCGGAAGUUGAAGUAUUUUCGGGACCGACCAGUUCGACAUCCAUCUGUAACAGACCAGCAUCUGUUACUGUGGUACUUUGAGGAUUGGCUGAAGAAGUACUUCUUCUCCGUUCUCCAGAUUUUAGAGACGCUGUCAUUGGACCCCUUGCCUUAUGUCCGAACACAGUCCCUGAAUCUCAUCUCUACCUUGUUACGUGAUAAACCUGAGCAGGAGCAGAAUCUACUUCGACUGCUUGUCAACAAGCUCGGUGAUACAGACAAGGCUAUCUGCUCACGAGCAUCCCAUCAUAUUCUUCAACUGCUCCAAACUCACCCGUCAAUGAAAUCGGUGAUUGUAAACGAGAUCACGUCCUUCGUUCUGCGCCCCAUUGCUCCACCCCCUACAUCAUCAUCAACCACACCAGCUGAAGUGGCGAACCGCCGCAUACGAUUCAACGAGGCAGAGAAACCAAAACCAAAACCCAGCACCGAGAAGAAAGUAGGAAACCCGCAUGCCCGGUAUUAUGCGACGAUCACGUUCAACCAGAUCGUGCUUACUCCUGAUGACCGGGAAGUGGCACUUAAACUGAUCGAUCUAUAUUUCGAGAUCUUCAAAGAGCUGCUUGGGGAAGGCGAUCAUGAUGGCGGGGCAGACCAUGAUGAUCCUGAGGAGAAAGAGGUAGUAAAAGACAAAUCAGGUCGGCUCAUUGAUGGCAAGCGCGGAAAAGGUAAGCUCAAGGGAAAGGGCAAGGGGAAAGGGAAGAUGGCAGAGAUACGAGGUGCUGCUGGCUUUACAGAAGUCGAAGAUGCAAACUCAAAACUCAUCUCUGCUAUUCUGACUGGGGUAAAUCGCGCAUUACCUUUCGCGAAAAUGGAUGUUGGGGAUGCUAGACUUUCAAAACAUAUCGACACCUUGUUCUUGAUCACGCAUACUUCAACGUUUAAUAUCUCGUUGCAGGCCUUGGUGCUCAUUCAGCAGAUUGCAGCUUCCUUAUCCACAGUCAAAGCUUCCUCUUCCUCAUCAUCCGCUCUGUCGAAGUCAAUCAUUGAUCGAUUCUACCGCACCCUGUACGACUCUCUUCACGAUGCACGCUUGGCAUCAUCUUCAAAACAAGCCAUGUACUUGAAUCUUUUGUUCAAGUCCAUCAAAGCGGAUGUGGGAAAGGUCGAGGGAGAGCGCGUCAAGGCUUUAGUACGACGUUUUGUCCAAGUCUUGGUCUCAGGUGGUAACGGUGCUACGGAGUUUGUUGCUGGAGGGCUCUUCUUGUUGGGAGAGUUGUUCAGCACUACACCCGGCUUGAAGGAGAUGAUAUAUGAUCCUCCCAAAACAGAUGCUGAAGCUUAUGACCCUCGCAAAAGGGACCCACAAUAUGCUCACGCGUCCUCUUCGCCGCUUUGGGAACUGACUCCCUUGUUGCACCACUAUCAUCCAACGAUAUCUCUGCAUGCACGUCAAAUUCUUUCUUCGCAGCCAUUGACGGCCAGUGCCGAUCUGUCGCUGAAUACCCUCUCGCAUUUCUUGGACCGAUUUGUGUACAAGAAUCCCAAGAAAUCCGCGACCACGAAGGGUGCCAGUGCAAUGCAGCCUGCUGCAAGCGGGCUUGAUGGAACCGGCGUCAAGUUGAUGAAAGGUGACACAAGCGGGAACGUUCUGGUAAACGAUGCGGCAUUUAUGAAAAUGAGAAUACAGGAUGUUCCUGUGGACGAGAUGUUCUUUCACAAAUUCUUCGCCCGAAAGAAUGAAAGGAAUCAAUCAAAAGUCGAAAAAGAUGCCAGUGAAGAUGAAGACGAAGAUGAAGGAGAUGAUGGAAGCGGGGAGGAGAUGGAUCUUACCGGUGAUGAGGCUGCGGCUGCCGGAGAACAAAUUGCUGAGGACAGUGAGAGCGAGGAUGAGGAAGAAGUCUGGAAGGCUAUGAAAGCUAGCAUGCCAAAGGCGGAAGGCGAUGACGAUCUCAUGGAAGAUAGCGACAUCGACGAAGAUGACUUACCAUCGGACUUUGACGCCGAUGAAGACGACGACGACGAACCUGACGAUGAUGGUCUUUCGUUAGCUGAAGGCUCCGACAAUGACGAUCUAAUUUCACUGGAUGGUGAUAUGCCUGAGGGCCUGAUUGAAUACGAUGGGUCCGGCGAGGAAGAAGAGUGGGGAGGUAUCGAUUCUGGAAAUGGGAAACGAAAACGAACGGAAGAGACCAAGGAGAAGCGGAAGAAGUUCAAGUCGUUGCCCACCUUUGCCAGUUAUGAGGAUUAUGCGAAGAUGAUCGAGGAUGGUCCAGAAGAUGAUAUAUAAGAUCUGUAGAGUCGACCAAUACAACUGCUCUGGUAUAUCUGUUUCCAGCGGAAUCUCAGUGAGGACGUAAAAUGUCG